UGUUGUCAGACUGGUUCAAGUGGUUGACAAGAUUUUAUCAGUGCACUCUUACAUAUAUGGAGUCUGAACAGAAUAAUUCAGCAGUGUCUGCUGGAUCUAGAAAUCAUGACUGUGAAGGACAAACAGAAGAAGAUUAUUGUUAUAUUGAAAAUGGAAACCAACAUGCAGCAUGUCUCCCAACCAUACCGGAAUCAGGCCUUAUUUUCCCAUUUCCAUCUAGAAACGUUGCACUCAUUUUGGAGGAAAAGGAUACUUUGGAGGAGGAAUCAAGCAAUUAUCCUGGAAAAGGUUUCAUGGAAUCAGGUUUUAUUAAUCAGGGCAGGGAAGGAAAUGUUGAUGUGGAAGUCAAAGCACAGAACACAUGCAUAAAUCAAGGUGAUAUAGACCAAGAAAUGAACAUGAUGAAAGCUGAAAAUUCUACAGUUGUACCUGCUGGUAAUGCAAGUAUUGAUCCAUAUACAUAUGCUGUUGAAGAGUUACCAAUUGGAGGAACUCAAUUGAAAACAGAUAUUGAUCCUUCUGAGGACAACAUGGAAGAACUUAAGUCAGAUACUGCCUGUGCUCCUGUUACCAGUUACCCGGAUACCUAUGCCAGUCCAUGUAAGUUAAGCGAUGGUCACAAAGCUGUAACAGAAUCUAGAAAUGAGAUCAAUUUUGAUAAUGAAAACUUCAGAAAAUCAUAUUCAUUUUCCAACUUCAUGAUGGAGGAUCAAACAAAAUUACAUAAACCUGCAUUUCUAGAGUUAUGUACCCAGUGUGAAGAGGUCAAAAUGGAUUUUACUAACAACAAAGAAACUUUACAUGGAAUUGACACUGCUUCCUCAAGAAAUUGUUUGCAGGACUAUGAGAUCAACAAUGAAGACCUCAGUUCUGAAGAGGAAAAGCAUUUUUUACAACCAGAAGACCUACAGGAAGACACCCAGCAUGCUCAAACUGCUUUAAGGACAGAAAAGAAAGAAUUUCAGGAUCCAGAGCAGCUAUCAGAAGAAUUAAAUGAUAUGGCAGAGGGGGUAAAUGAAGACCAGCAAAUGCAUGAAAUACAUGGGAGUGAAGAUCAAGAAUGUUGUAGUAAUUCAGGACCAUCAUUAGAUCAAAAUCUAAUAUCUUCUACAGAAAUAUACCAGCAAACCAUGCAGAGUGUUCGCCAAGUUACCAACAGCUGUGAUGAUAAAAAUUCUCAUGUUUCUGUAGGUUCUGGAACAUUCACAAUCUUAGCAUAUCAAAAUUAUCUUCAUCAAGAAAGACGCUUGGAUUAUGAUGAAUAUUCUCAAUAUUUAAAUCGGUUUACUCACAAUAAUGUAACAGAUAAAGACCAUCUUGCUCUUUCAUCACGUGGACAAGAUCAUAAAACACAGAUAAGAAGUCCUGUUCACGAUGAAUACCAAAGACAUUGUAACAUACAGUCAUCUGGUGUCCAAGGUGAAAUUGCAGAAUCAGCAAGUCAAACUUCAUGUACAAGAGAAGAACCAAAAUUAGAUUCAGAAAUGUUAUCGCAGGUGCCCAGUCAACUCAUAGAAAUACAAGUCCCGACACAGGGAAGCCAUACUAGUACUAGGACUAGAAGUACAUGUACUGUUGAUUUACUGACAAUAAUAUUUCUACAACUGAUAUUGAUGCCAGCUGUUUUUCAAUACUUCAAAGACUCACAACAUCUUAUAUACAAUUAUGAAGUUCCAAGGUUAUAUGACAGGUUUGUUAGGGGAGAGUUUGAUAAUAUAAGACUGGAGUGGGUACCAAAGCUUCAUGGACGUUUUGGAAGUUUAGAUUUCUUUGGUGAGGACCGUUAUAUAAUUUUGCCACCAUUUCAAUGGAUAAGCCACCUAUGUGACCAACCAACCCACAAUUAUACUGGAAUCACUUCUGGCUUAUUGAGAAUCCAGUCUUGUAUAGAACUUGUGAGACCUCCAGAAGGAAGAUUGAAUUUACAAAUAUUAGAACAACUACUGUUCACAGCCUUUUAUCAUGAAAGACAAGAGAAUGUGAAUCCACUCUAUCAAGAUGGUCAAAACGGAUCACCACCACCUUUGAUAAUAGUUAAUUUUACAGAUGCUCAUUUGAACUUAAUUCACGUUGAAAGCUUACAUGGAAUUAUAAACAUUGGUCCGUACAGAUACUUUGUGGGAGGAUUCAGCAGCCUGUUGAACAGACAUUACACUGCCAGGAUUUACAACCACAGUACACCUGAAGGCAGUGUUUUUACCUAUGAUAAUGAUAGGGGCCAGUUACUUCCACAAUUAUACCAGUUAGGAGAGCUAUCAUUAGUUUUUCUUUUUCGAGCACCACCACAGUAGAUUAUUUAAAAUAAUUUUGAUAUCAGAGUUUCAUCUGUAAAGAGUAAAAUCUAAGUGCUAAAAAAUCUGAAUAAAUCAUUGUAAUUGAGCAAGAGAAAAAAAAAGUAAAUUUAAGAAUUGUUAAUUUUUUUUAGACUUAGAGAUCUUACUUUGUCAUCAUGUAGAUGCAGUCUGUGGUCAACUGUCAAACUUUUAUGAUAUUUAUUGAAAAAAAGCUUUUCAAGAUAAAAAAACAGUAAUUUUUACCUGAAAACUGGACUUCAGUUUUGUUUUUUGUCAUUUAAUAUGUAGAUUUUUUUUAGUCUUAAGGUUAUUUUUUUAGACAUCUGUAAUGAAAUAAUAUAUCCAUAAUGUCAUGGCUGACAUGGCUAAAAAUAGAACAUUGGGGUAAAAUACAUGUUUUGUCUAUUAUUUUUAAAACCAUUAUAAAUAGAGAAAAUCUGACAAGGUCAAAAUGUUCAAAAUGUUGAGCUCUAUCAAUUGUUCUUGACGUCAAAACUGUCAGGGGACUUCUUAUAGGAGUUAUUGCCCUUAAAUGACAAGUUUUACCAUUUUUUCCCUUUAUCUUGAAUACUAUAAUAUAUAGAUAGAAACUUUUACUUGCAUAAAUGUUCAGCAAGAAAAGAUCUAUGAAUAAGCAUGCAUGGUUGAAAUCGUCAGUCAACUCCUAAUUAGAGUUAUUGCCCUUUAAUGACCAUUUUUACAAAUUUUUUGCAUUUUUGCCUUAUAUCUUAAAAUUUAUAGUAGAUAGAUAGAAACUUAAAUAAGCAAAAAUGAUCAGCAAGACAAGAUCUACAUUUAAGACAAUAUGGAGGAAAUUUUCCAAUGACUCCUUAUUGGAAUUAUUGCUCUUUAAUGACGAUUUUUUAUUUACCAUUUUUUUUGCGUUUUGACUUAUAUGAUAAAAAUUAUAAUAUAUAAAUAGAAACUUUAAAUAACAAUAAUGAUCAGCAAGGCAAGAUCCACAAACAAGUCAAAUUUUGCCUAUAUAGUUAGUAGACUGUCACUCUUCAUAGGAGUGAUUGCCCUUAAAUGAGGCCUUUUUUUUUACCGUCUUUUGUGUUUUGAGCAACAAAAACUAAAGGAGAUAGAGAGAAACUAAACAGACAAAAUGAUCAGCAAUACAAGAACAACGAAAAAGAAAUUUUUGUCAUCCAUUCUAUUCUUGUCUACAAUGUUAGAGAGAGUCCAUUGUUGAUUAUGCACAUAGACCUAGUAGGUGAGCCACACAGGCUCUUUAGAGCCUUUAGUUUUAUUUUGUCAAACAUUCAAAGAAUUUUAUGAAUGUAUGAGUCUAAAGAAAAUAUUUUAAGAGAUAAAAUCUUUUUAACUUUUUAAGCAUUUGUGUAAUGUUCAAAACUUAGACACAAGCUUCUUAAUCAUCAAGAAGUAGUAAAGAAUGUACAGUGCUAAGUGGUGCACUAGAAUGAAUAUGUUGUAAUGUUAUAAUUAAGUAAUGUAAAUAACAGAGCUGAAUUAACUAAAAAGUUGUUUGUUCUUUUAUUUAAUUGUCAUGUAAUAGGUUAUUUUAAUAUUAUAUGAUAUGUUUCUAUCUGGUGAUAAUAAAUUCGUUUUGUUUUUAUAGAACAAAGUGGACUUUUUGUUAGCUUCUUGCAUACCCUGUAGGUUGGCUUAAUUGUAAACAGGGAUCCUCAAGGUUUACAUGGUUUGAUUUACCUUUCAAUUUUCAUUCGAUUUUUACCUGUGUACCUGCUUUCGGCUGAAAUUGCUCCGUGUGAACACUAAAAUUGAAUGUUGUUUUAUCAAUCGUCGUAUAGAAAAUUGUAUCAUGUGAACGGAAAUCUGUGCGAUUUACCUGGGCAAUGGUAUCAAAUUGGAUUGAAAAUCAAAUGGAAAAUUAUACCAUGUAAAUGAACCUUUAGUCUUAUCCUGGGCAACUGAGUAAAUUGUAAACAGAACAAUUUUGGAAUAAACAAGCAUCUAUUAAA